GUACAAAAGAGGGAGUCCAUGGAAUGUAGGGGGAGAGAGAUUACCCUGUUGUCAACCUUGGGUUCAGUUCCUUUCUGAGGGGAAGUUCAUGGAGUGCACAUUGUAUGGAGAACUUUUUUGUGUCAAGGAGAGACUUGGUCUUUGAAAAUGAUUUGGAGACCAAAAUGAUGGGGGUGCUAUAGACACCAGGUGAUGGUAAACACCAAAAGUUGACCGUUUUCUUUGGCAAAAAGUAGAUUCAGGGGAAGAGGUUACAGACAAAAUGGAAGGGACACAAUAGACACUGGGAAUGAUAAAUAUGAAAGACUGGGAGAGCCUAGAAAGGGGUUUUAAUAAUGAUUAUUAAUGAUUGCCUGGAGAAAGGAAACGUGCCAUGAGGUUGGGGUGUGCCCUUGGCUUGCAGGCUCAAAUCCUGAAAAGGACAUAGCUCCCCCAAAGAGUGAGCUAGCUAUGAGAAGUGGGGUUGGGAAGCUAGGAGUUAGGGGAAAUGCCAUGUAGCAUGGGGGAAGAGGAAGGGCAGUAGUCAUGGGAUGGUCCAUUAAUAGAUGUUAGAGGGAAAAUUCAACCUCGGGGGCCAUGACUGGGAUUUCGGAGAGGACCUGCAAGGGGAGAUGAAGCCCCCUAGAGAGGGUGGUCUCAGGGGUCUGACAUAACUUGGAUUUCGGGCAUGGGUGGGACCCAGAGCUAAACUGAUCUCUCUUUGGCCUGCCUGCCUCGGGGAUCUUCCAUUUCUGUGUCCAAUGUAUCAUUCGGGACCUCUUCAAAAGGACUGGCUAACUUCCCGAGAAUCAGCCAGCCCUCUCUCUUCCUCCUUCUGUAUCGAGUCUAGUUUAUUGCUCCUCUGCAGGUCCUGCACCAGAUAGAGGUGCUAAGGGGCUGGCACACCACGGGUCAAAGGACAGUCCUGGGGAGGGAAGGGCAGGGGGUGGGGAGUCUGGAUUUUCUGUUUGACCUGAAAGGGCUGGGAAGAAGGAGGGCCCUCCCCAGGCAGUCAUCCAGCCUGACACAGGGAGUGCUCUCCUACUGAAACCAGAAGCCGCCCCAGUCCCUGGAUUCCUGUCCAUUCAUUCCACAGCCAGAGGGGACGCUAUCUGCGAGAGGAGCCCAAAGAUGGCGAGGUGUACCAUGGAUUCAAAGAAUGCCGGCACAGUCAUAGGAUGCAUGUUGGCAGUUGUGGUGAUCAUCGUUAUGCUUUGUGUCAUCAUCGGCCAAGGCCCGAGCUUGCCUUCGGGUUGUCAGAGCUGUAACCCCGGCAGUGACAUGAUGGACUACCUACUGGACACCGGGCACAUCAAACACAGGGACGGCCUGCUGGUCACAUGGUACCAUGGCGCCAACAACCGGAGCGAGAUGGAGAAAGCCCUGAGCAGUGAUGUCAUGGUCUUGGAAGCAGAUAUCAGUGUGGAAGGGCUGAACACAGUCAACGAGACGGGGGUCCCUAUCAUGGCCCACCCUCCUCUCAUCUAUAGUGACAACACCUUUGAAGAGUGGCUGGAAGCUGCUCUGAACAGAUCCACCAAAGGCCUCAAGCUGGAUUUCAAGAGCAUCAAAGCGGUCGGUCCUUGUCUGGAUAUGCUGAGGAAGCAGACGGAGAAGGGCAGAGUCCAGAGGCCCGUGUGGAUCAAUGCCGACAUCGUAAAUGGCCCCAACGUGCCCAUCCCAAUUGCUGUCAAUGCCUCCCAGUUCCUGGGCUUGGUCCAAGAAAAGUACCCCAAUGUCACCCUGUCGGUGGGCUGGACCACUCGCUACAAUGCCAACAGAACCUAUACCCAACACAUGAUUGAGACCAUGCACAAGCUGGUGAAGGACCUGCCCCAGAAGGUGACCUUCCCGGUGCGGGCCGUCAUGGCAAGAGCUGCCUGGCCUCAUUUCAGCUGGCUCCUGCGUCAGUCCGAGAGGUACAGCCUGACCCUGUGGCAAAGUACCUCCGAUCCCUUGACUGUGGAUGACCUUCUUUACAUACGGAAACACAGUGCCCCACACCAAAUCUACUAUGACCUUUUUGAUCCCCUCCUGUCGGAUUUCAAGCAGCUUGCCCAAAAGCAUAAGUCUUGUUUAUCCAGGGGCUGAUCUAUCAUGAACAAAGAUCUAAAGCCUGGAGAACAAUGUGUCCUGGGACUCCAGAAUCGCUUGUCAACCCAUCACAAAGCAGGAGAGUUUCUCUACCAUCUCAAGAAAAUCAGGAGAGAUCACUGAACUUCAGAAAUAGAAGAGAGACCUCAGUGGGCAUCAAGUCUGAGCCAUCCCAGAAUAAGAAUCACUACGCCAGAGACCCUGCUUAACAGUUAUCUAUUCAUUCCAUCUUUUUUCUAUACAUUUUGUUUAUUUAGGGAUGAACUUCUUCUCCAGUAAAGUGUAAGCUCCUUAAGGGCAGGAAUUAUUUUUGCUUUUCUUUGUAUCCACAGUAUUUGGCACAAUGUCUGCCACAUCAUAAGAACUUAAUAAAUUUUUUUGAAUGAUUUA